AUGCUUAGAAUCAAUAGACUUUCCUCCACCCUAAGUUGUGUGCGUACUGCUGCUCGUCGCCAUUAUGGUGCACCAUCCGCUGCCCUUGCCACCGACCCUCGCAACGACAAGACUAUCCACCUUACACAAUCUCGUGGUGUUAAUGUGAUUCACGACCCAUUGCUUUCAAAGGGUACGGCAUUUAAUCUUGAUGAGCGAGAACGUUUGUCGAUCCGUGGUCUUGUUCCUCCUCGUCAACAAGAAAUGGACAAGCAAUUGUUACGAGUGAAGCGUAACCUUGAUGCAUGCGAGACGCCUCUCGCCAAGUUUGUCUUUUUGUCAGCCUUACAGGAUCGUAAUGAGACCCUCUUCUACAAGUUGGUUAUUGAACACCUUGAGGAGCUAUCGGGUGUCAUCUAUACCCCGACAGUUGGUCUUGCAUCACAAAGAUCCCACAGCAUUUAUCGCCGAUCCAGAGGCAUGUACUUUUCAUCCCAAGACAGAGGUGCCAUGUCUGCUAUGGUGUACAAUUGGCCCCAUGAUGAAGUCGAUGUUAUUGUUGUAACCGAUGGCUCUCGUGUAUUGGGUUUGGGUGAUCUCGGCGCUAACGGCAUGCAGAUUCCCAUCGGUAAAUUGAGUUUGUACGUCGCUGCUGGUGGUAUCCGUCCCCGUGCUGUGUUGCCCGUUGUCUUGGAUGUUGGCACCAACAAUGAAGAAUUGCUCAACGAUCCCCUUUACCUUGGCAUGCCCCAUCGUCGUCUUGAUGGUGAAGAAUACUACUCCUUUGUCGAUGAAUGGGUCACUGCUGUUAAAGCCCGCUGGCCAAAUGCCUUGAUCCAAUUUGAAGACUUCAAGUAUCCUCAUGCAUACAAUCUCUUGAACAAGUACCGCAACGAGAUCCGUUGUUUCAAUGAUGACAUCCAAUCUACCUCAGCUAUCACCCUUGCUGGUAUCUUGGCUUCUCUCAAGGCUCGUGGUAAAAAGCAAGAAGACUUGUCGGAUGAGCGUAUCAUCUGCGUAGGUGCCGGCUCGGCUGGUGUAGGCGUGUGUGAAGGUAUCAUUGAUUGUAUGGUGGCUCAAGGACGUGUUAAAUCUCGUGAAGAUGCCUAUCGCCGCGUGUAUAUGCUUGAUCAACAUGGUUUGCUUGGCAACCCUGAUUUGCCUAGCGAGAACUCCACCGAUGCUGGUGCUGUAGGCAACCGUGCUCCUCUUGACGAACGCCAAAGCUGCUAUGUGAAGAGCGAUUUGCCUGAUCGCUUAAAUCUCGAACAAGUGGUUGAGCGUGUGAAGCCAAGUGUGAUCCUCGGUUUGACUGGUAUUCGUGGCGUCUUCACUGAGAAGGCCAUUCGCACCAUGGCAGCACAUCAUGAACGACCUGUGGUAUUCCCAUUGAGCAAUCCUGAUACCCAUGCUGAAUGCUCUGCCGAAGAAGCCUACCGCUGGACGGAGGGUCGUGCUAUUUUCGCAUCUGGAAGUCCCUUCAAGGAUGUUGUUCUUCCUAAUGGCAAGAUUGGCAGAACCAACCAAUGCAACAACUCUUACAGUUUCCCUGGUCUUGGUCUUGGUGUUACGGUCUCUCGUGCCACUCAUGUCACACCCAACAUGUUCCUUGAAACCGCACGUGCCAUUGCUGAUUUGGCUACCCCUGAACAACUCAAGGAAGGCAUCUUGUUCCCUGGUGUCCAACAACUUCGCAGCGUUGCCCAUGCCGUUGGUACUCGUGUUUGCGAAGUCGCAUACGAAGAAGGUGUUGCUACUGCUCGUUUGAAGGAAGGCGAGUUGCUUGAAGAUGUUGUCAAGUCAUCCAUGUACACCCCUGAAUACGUCCCCUUGGUCUACCAUCAACAUCAUUAG